AUACAAAACAAAAAAUUUAUAAUGAAUUUUUCAAAUUUAUUUCUUUUCUAGAUUUCAAAUUUAAUUUAUUUCUUCAUGUUUGGUUUUUUUUUUUCAUUCUUUAUUGAGAUGAUACAUAUGAGAGAAGAAAACUGAAACUCCAAGGCAAAGGAAGAUCAAGACAUCACCCACUCACAACAAACCUUCGUCUCUUUCAUUUAAAGGAUGUGAAAUUUUAAAUUUUGAUAUGUCAAAGACAAGGAGGACUGAAGAAAGUUGUUGAUCAGAUGUUGGUCAUCUAAAGCUCCCCCCCACCAAUAUUAAUCUAGCAAUUGGAAAAUCAGUUUUUUUUUUUUAAUAGUAAAUUGGGAAUUUAUUAGCGAUUGUUUGAUUGUUGGUACCUCGUUAUGGUGUUUGGUUCGAGGGAAAUAUGAGAUUUUAGAAAGACAUUGUUUUAUUUUUAAAGUAAAAUUUGGUUUUCAAUUACCUAUUUUCAUAGGAUGAAUUGACUCUACUUCGCAAUUGGUUUUGGAGAAGCAACCAUGCAGAUUGUCAUUUGCUGUAGUUUGUUGAAUUCCUAAAUUUACCAUUGGAUUCUGGUCUGAUAUAUAUUAGGCCUUUCGUUUUUAGGACAUUAAUAAGAAGAUUUUCGAUUAGGGUAUUGAGAAAGCUGUAAAGAUGAGUGACAAUUUGAUGGAUAAAGUGAGCGCAUUUGGUGAGCGUCUCAGGGUUGGAGGUGCUGAGGUGGGUCGAAAGAUGACUACCGGGAUGAGCUCAAUGAGCUUCAAAGUCAAGGAGUUGAUCCAAGGGUCAAACCAGGCUGAAAAAUUUGUUGAGGAGGCCACAGCAGAGACCCUUGAAGAGCCUGAUUGGGCCUUGAAUCUUGAACUUUGCGACAUGAUCAAUCACGAAAAUAUUAACAGUAUUGAAUUAAUCCGUGGUAUUAAGAAGCGGAUCAUGAUGAAGAAUGCUAGGGUUCAGAAUUUGGCCUUGGUGUUACUUGAAACAUGUGUCAAGAAUUGCGAGAAGGCUUUCUCAGAGGUUGCAGCUGAGAGGGUCCUUGAUGAAAUGGUGAAGUUGAUUGAUGAUCCUGAGACGGUUGUUGACAACCGGAAUAAGGCUCUGAUGCUGAUUGAAGCAUGGGGGGAAGCAACUGGUGAAUUGCGCUAUUUACCUGUUUAUGAAGAAACAUACAAGAGUUUAAGAUCAAGGGGUAUCCAGUUCCCUGGUCGGAACAAUGAGAGUUUGGCACCCAUCUUUACACCUCCUCUUUCAGAUUCAGCACAAGAAGUGGAUGCUAGCCUUGCAUGGCAGAUUCAGCAUGAUGUUCCUGUGGUAUCCUUUACAGCUGAACAGACAAAAGAAGUAUUUGAUGUGGCAAGAAAUAGUAUUGAACUUCUCACAACAGUGUUGUCGUCCUCACCUCAACAAGAUGCUUUAAAGGAUGAUUUGACAACUACACUCAUCCAGCAAUGUCGUCAAUCUCAAUUGACCGUGCAGAGAAUCAUUGAGACAGCAGGAGAUAAUGAAGCCCUGCUCUUUGAAGCGUUGAAUGUUAAUGAUGAGAUCCAGAGAGUUAUAUCCAAGUAUGAAGAGUUGAAGAAGCCAAUAGUUGUUUCUUCUGAGCCUGAACCUGCUAUGAUUCCCGUUUCUGUUGAGCCUGAUGAUUCACCUGUCGAUGGAAAAGAAGAUGCCUUAAUUAGGAAACCAGCAGGUUCACGGGGCCGAACCAGUGGAGGAAGCAAUGAUGAUGUGAUGGAUGAUCUUGACGAAAUGAUCUUUGGUAAGAAAACUGGAGGCACAUCUGAAGGUGCAGAGGACUCAAAGAAACAACAAGCUUCCAAGGAUGAUCACAUCAGCUUAUGAGCAUUUCAGAAAAUUUCAUAUUUUGGGGAAAGAGGCCUUUGACACCAGGCCAUUUAGGUGUUCAACAGGAAUUAAGUUUGGGUUUAAAAUGGCUGAAACCUUCAUACAAGGGCUGGUAGAUUUUUCUGUCAAUUUCUGUUAGUAGUUUUAGUCUUGGAUUGAUACAAUUGCUUGACAUGGACAUGGUGUAUAUCUAUUGCGAUAUUAUAAUGACAUUGCUUGUUACUUACUGCUA